AUUACAAGGGUAAUUCCGGUUGUUGAAUGCCAAAUAAUUCUCAAUUUAAAUGACAAAUAUACCAAUCUAUUAUUUCUAAUAACAGCAAUUCCCCAUCGUUGCAAGUGGAAGAUAAUUUAUAAGGAUAGUAAUCUUUGUCAUUAAAUGAAACAAAUUCCAAAUUUGAGAACAAAUAGCUAGAGAACCUGCCUUUUUUUUUUUUUCCUUUUUAAACAUUAGGAAAUUGGGGGAAGGGGGAUUAAGUCACAAAAAUUUGAACCAUGGUUGUAUCCAUGAUCUAAGACACACCCUACCAUUGGAGCCAUGGCUGCAGGUGCACAAGAGAACCCACCUUCACAAGAAAUAAAUUUGACAAUAAUAAUAUAAACCAUAAUCUUCCUUAAUAUUAUCAAAAGUUAGAUCUUUACAUACACGAGUGUAAAUUACCACACGAGUAUAAUUUACCAUCCAAAAUUAUCAAGUAUAUAAGUCUCAUUCAAAUUCCAUGUGCCUAAACCAAAGAUACCACAAGGCAGCAAUAUUAAAUACUUCAUUUUCACAUAAAUGGUUCGGCGCUUGCCACAUGCUCAUCUCCAAGACUUUUCCAUUUAAAAAUUUACAAUGGUAGGUUAUAAUCACAUCCAAAAGUUAAAAUUCAUUUAUGCAAAUUUUUAUUCAUGAACAAUGUCUUAACCAUAACACCUUA